CUGAGGAGUGUUACUUGACGUCCAGCUUUGCGUUUUUUUUGUUGCCAGUUUAUGUCGCUGCACAUUUUUGACGUGCAGCCACAGGUUGAUUGAUGUAAUCCAGUCACUAUGGAUUAUUCCUCUUGAUCUCGAGUCGAUUGUCACUGACGGGAUCGAAAUGGGCACCGUCGAGAGAUCAGCGGUGAUUGAGAAAGAAUCAAACUGAUCGUAUCAGGUGGAGACGGAGGCAACAUCUGUGGCGAGCGACGCACAAUUUCUAGAGACAAGAGAGGGACCUGUGGAGGGACCUUUAUGAAAGGAGGCGAAGCGAAAAGAUGAUGGGAUGGCCGUGACAACAUGAAAAAGAAAAAGUGUGGUGGUCUAUUUUCAUCCAGCCAGUGAUCCAAAGCAACUAACCUGGGGGAUAGGGACCGAGAGAGAAGAGGUAGUAGGAGAAAAGUGCGUGGCCACCGCCGUGACCAUGGAGCCUCCCCCCUCUCUGAGCUUGGCUCUGCUAGGAGGGAGCAAGGAUGAGGACCAGCGCUUCCUCCUUCCCCUGAGCAGUAUUUCUCAUCCCUCAACAACUGGCAACCAGCCAGGAUCAAACCACUCCAACCACAUGGGAGGAUCAAGCCUUGAGCGUCUAAAUGGCAGCACCCCGUCCCUGUCCCCUACCACGCCCAACUUACCUCCAUCAUCGCUCCCUAAGUUGCCCCUGUCAUCCUCUGGAGCCCAGCCUCUGCCCCCAGCCAUCCCCAACGCCCUGCACCCCACCAGUACCCCCCUCUCCUCCUGCCUGGGCUCGCAGCACAGCCUGAGUGGGGACUCCCCAGUCUACAAUGCCCUCUUUUACUCGUCCCACUCACCCUCCAUGGAGCGGGACAGGGACAGGGAGAGAGAGAGGGGCUGCAAACACAGGCAGGCCAGCCCCCUGGUCCACCGCCGGGACAGUAACCCCUUCACGGAGAUCGCCAUGAGCUCCUGUAAGUACACAGGCGGGGUCAUGAAGCCCCUGAGCCGCCUCAGCGCCUCCCGCAGAAACCUCAUCGAAUCAGACAGCAGCAGCGAAACCAAAGAGGGUGGCGUUUCAGCUGUUGCCGGGGCAACCGCCGCUGGGGGGCACGACCGACAGCGAGAAGCCACUCCUACCUCUUUGGUGGCCCUGUCUUCUACCAAUCCACCCCCAAUUCAUAGCCCUCCAGAGAUUGUGAUUUCUUCCAAAGAAGACUCGCCGUACCUCAGGGUGGGAUAUGACAUCACUGACUCCACCUCCAACCAGAUGUCCAUCUACCACCAGAACCACGCGCUGGUGGAGAGCAGGCGGGCACAUCCGGGGCGGGGCAGCAGGCAGGGGGCGGUGGGGGCAGUGGGGGGGGUCGGGGUGGCGGGCACAGGGCCCAGGGGCAGCACCUCCAAGGCCUCCAAAAGGAAGAACCAAAACAUUGGCUAUAAACUGGGGCAGCGCAGGGCGCUGUUCGAGAAGAGGAAGAGGCUGAGCGACUAUGCCCUGAUCUUCGGGAUGUUUGGCAUCGUCGUCAUGGUGAUUGAGACGGAGCUGUCCUGGGGCGUGUACAACAAGAGCUCCAUGUAUUCUCUGGCCCUGAAGUGUCUGAUCAGCCUAUCCACGGUCAUACUGCUGGGCCUCAUCAUAGCCUACCAUGCUCGGGAAGUUCAGCUGUUCGUCAUCGACAACGGAGCCGACGACUGGCGCAUCGCCAUGACGAUGGAGAGGGUUCUGCUGAUCUCUCUGGAGCUGCUGGUGUCCGCGGUGCAUCCCGUGCCAGGAGACUUCAAGUUUCAGUGGCGGGCGCGGCUGGCCUUCUCGUACGCGCCGUCGCAGGCCGAGGCCGACCUGGACAUGGUGCUGAGCGUGCCCAUGUUCCUGCGCCUCUACCUCAUCGCCAGAGUCAUGCUCCUGCACAGCAAACUCUUCACCGACGCCUCCUCCAGGAGUAUAGGCGCCCUAAAUAAGGUGCAUUUUAAUACACGGUUUGUAAUGAAAACCCUCAUGACUAUCUGCCCCGGGACGGUGCUGCUGGUCUUCAGCAUCUCUCUGUGGAUCAUCGCUGCCUGGACCGUGCGAGUGUGUGAGAGGUACCAUGACGCUCAGGAUGUGACCAGUAACUUCCUGGGAGCCAUGUGGCUUAUCUCCAUCACCUUCUUGUCCAUCGGCUAUGGAGAUAUGGUUCCUCACACUUACUGUGGCAAAGGAGUCUGUCUCCUCACAGGGAUCAUGGGUGCGGGCUGUACAGCUCUGGUGGUUGCCGUGGUAGCCAGGAAGCUGGAGCUCACCAAGGCCGAGAAACACGUACACAACUUCAUGAUGGACACGCAACUCACCAAGAGGAUAAAGAAUGCAGCGGCCAACGUGCUGAGGGAAACCUGGCUCAUCUACAAAUCUACCAAGCUGAUAAAGAAGAUCGACCACUCCAGAGUCCGCAAACAUCAGCGGAAGUUCCUCCAGGCCAUACAUCAAUUACGCAGUGUGAAAAUGGAGCAGAGGAAACUCAGUGAUCAGGCCAACACACUAGUGGACCUCUCAAAGAUGCAGAGCGUCAUGUAUGAGCUCAUGUCGGAGCUCAACGACCGCAGUGAGGACUUGGAGCGCCAGAUGCUGUCCCUGGAGUCGCGGGUGGAGCAGCUCACCGCCGGCUUCAACACCCUGCCGGCCCACCUCUCGGCCACCCUCAGCGCUCAGCAUGCCGCCCUGGUGCACUUGCUUCGAGAGAGGGAUUCGAGGGACUGGAGAGGCGGAGGUGGUGGAGCAGGUGCCGUUGUCCCGCUGUCCCCAGCUGUGUCUGUAACUGCUGCUCCACCUUCACCAGUACGGGUUUCGCCUCCAGCACCGCCCCCAUACCAAGUCCCCACUUUGGCCUUGGAGUCCCCUCUGACGCCCCCACCUCACAGCCCCGAGGGGAGCCUGGAGGCGAGUCCCAACACCAACACCUGCACUUCUGGCUGCUGAGACAGCUCUGAGGACCAGGAGAGGACUUACCUGGAGAGAAAACUGGGAGAGAGUAGGGGGGAGGCUGUGCUAGUCCGCUUACUUCAGAUUAAAAGGAGAGGAACAUGGAGGGAGGAGGAGAAAAAUUGGAGGUGAUCCCCUGAAACCAACGCUCCAUGAGGGAGGGAUGAAGACAGAACUAUGAGAAGAAAUAAUGGGAUUAAGAUGGAGAGUCAGGAUGAAUGAUGAGACAUCUUAGGGACUUUGGGGCGCUUUCCUUGAAGGAGGAAGGAAAAGAAAAAUGGAGAUAAAAUGGAGACGCUAAAAGGUGUGAGGGGGAGGAAGGAUGUCAAGAGGGUGAGAAAUGGAGGAAGAGAGAAUGUGGAAGGGGAAGGAGAGGGGAGGAGAAAUAAGAAGAAGAAUGAUAUGAACUCCAAGCUCCUAAAUGGAAUCUACUCCAAUUACUGAAAAGGGCCUUUUUUCUCUCUCUAUCUCUGUCUUUCUCUCUCUCUCUCUUUCCUCCCCCCCUCCCAAUAUCUCUCUCCCUUCAUCAGGAAUUAAUGACCAUGACUUUUUAUCCUUAUGAUGUAUUUUCUAUCUGAAUGCUAAUUGUGUGUUAACGAGCAUCCCUUUAACAGAAGGUUCGAUCAAUACGACCGUGAUAUUAAAAAUAAAAUAGUGGCAUGUACCGCACACACACACACACACACACACACACACACACACACACACACACACACACACACACACACUUGUACACAACUUAUAUCUGCGCAUUAUCCACAGGAAACAUGUGAACACAGCACAAACAUAAAAACACAAUCCUUAACAAAGCUGGCCCUUUAUACGAUUGCACAAAGAAAUGUUGUGCUGUUGCCAACAGGAUGAUAUUAAAGCCUAUACUGCCAAACACUCGACGCACUGUCAAUCUCCACAGAGCACUGCCAAGCAAUGUAGACACACUGUAAAAAAUGUUCAUCCAAAUGACUUGUCUUGAGUGGGUGUGAGCUAAUGCAGUAGUUUAGACUUACAUUGCAUAGUUGUGACAUGUUAACUACUCAGAUGGGAGAAUCAUAAACAUUCACUGAACCACACAAAUCACAGAUGAGGUUGAAAUAAGUAGUUAUGACACUAAGGGUUAUGAGUCACCAUAACGUCUGCUUGUGACAAGAAGACAGUCACAGAUCAUAAAAUAUCCGAACACAACUACAGCAGGACUUUAUUACUGCAUUUAUUGAAUUACACAUUAAGCUGAACUGAUUUUACAUGUGCUUGUAGGUUGGUUGUUCUUAACUAAGACUUUUAAGGGUUUGUUUCGUUUUAUAUCUGUGAACAUUUCUUAUGACCUCCAGAAAAUUGAUAAUUUAUAGUUGAAUUAAGUGCAUUAAUAUAGGGAUGUUUUUUGGAGGAAAAAGUAGAUUGCAACACAAACAUUUAUUAAACUGUCUUUUCAAUCUGGUUCAUUAGUUUUGAAGAAAGAAUAACUAUACAAAACCGAGCUUUGCACAAACAUAAUGUUCCAUGUUUGGUGAUUGUUCUGCAGACAGGUAAACUCAAAUCAAAACUUUAUUAUUCAUCAAUAAUGAAUUAUCUGUUUUUUGUCUGAUGUCAGUGGAGUCCGAUUGACUGAGAUGCUGUAUUUAUUGUUUUUCUUUCAUUCUUUAGAUAUAUUUAUGCUUAGAAUUACUAAUCUUUUGAUUUUUACAUUAGAGAUUUAAUUAAAAAUCCAACAAUUGUUAA